CCAUCAGAUAGUGACUCUUCGCGAAAAUCUACUUACCACCUCCUCUUCUUUCAUACCUCCACGGCUCCAUCCUAUAUAAGUACACAUUAUCUACUACUCUAAAAAACAAAUUGGGAGAAAAUCAACCAAAAUUAUGACAGGAUUAUUAAUUGCAAUUGGAAUAGUUUUAUGUGUAAUUCUAACAUGGGUAUGGAAAAUUCUGAAUUGGGUUUGGUUGAGACCAAAAAAACUAGAGAAGCAGCUCAGAAAACAGGGAUUAAAAGGCACUUCAUACAAAUGGUUAGUUGGUGAUAUGAAGGAAACUUUCAGGAUGCGUGGUGAAGCUAGAGAAAAGCCCAUUCCUUUUACUAAUGAUUACUACUCUCGUGUCUUGCCUUUCCUUGAUCAACAUGUCAACAAAUACGGUGAAAAUUGUUGGACAUGGUUCGGACCUGUACCGGCUAUAAAUAUCGCGGAACCUGAGCUAAUAAGGGAAGCUUUCACUAGGAUGAACGAGUUUCAGAAGACGAGAUUGAACCCACUUAUUGGGUUGCUUGUCCCUGGACUUGUAGGCUAUGAAGGUGAGAAAUGGGCAAAACAUAGGAAGCUGGUCAAUCCUGCUUUUCAUAUGGAAAAGCUAAAGCUUAUGAUCCCAGCAUUUGGGGACAGUGUUACUGAAGUUAUCAACAAAUGGGAAAAGAUAGUACCGGAAUCAGGUUCCUCUGAAAUAGACGUGUGGCCAUACCUUAUGAGCCUAUCUGCAGAUGUCAUCUCUCGUGCUGCAUUUGGCAGUAGCUACGAGGAGGGGAAAAGGAUUUUUGAACUUCUGAAGGAACAGACUCAAAUUACUCUGCGCCUUUUCCAAUCAGUUUAUAUCCCUGGAUGGAGGUAUGUGCCAACAAAAACCAACAGGAAGAUGAAAGAAAUAAACUCUCAGAUACAAAAUCUAUUGACGGGAAUAAUCAACAAGAGAAAGAAAGCAAUGGAAGCUGGAGAAGUUGCCAAGGAUGACUUGUUGGGGAUAUUGAUGGACUCCAACUUCAAAGCGUCACAAAAUGUUGGGAGUCAUAAGCAACUGCUUGCCAUGAGUUUCCAGGAUAUGAUUGAUGAGUGUAAGCUGUUCUACUUUGCGGGGCAAGAGACCACCUCAACCUUGCUAGUGUGGACAAUGAUUUUGUUGAGCAAGCACCAAGACUGGCAAACACGAGCACGAGAAGAAGUCCUGGCAACAUUUGGAAAUAAUCAACCAGACUUUGAUGGGCUUAACCAUUUAAAGACAGUGGCAAUGAUAAUAUACGAGGUGUUGAGAUUGUACCCUGCCGUGGUUUCAGCCUCCCGUAUGGUACAUAAUCGUGAAACUAAACUUGGAAACUUGUUGGUCCCUCGUGGUGCUAUGGUUAGUUUGUCGAUACUCCAUGUGCAUCAGGACCCUAGACUUUGGGGUGAUGAUGCGAAAGAAUUCAAACCGGAGAGAUUUUCGGAAGGAAUUGCAAAGGCAACCAAGGGAAAUAUUUCCUUCUUUCCGUUUGGUUGGGGUCCGAGGAUCUGUAUUGGCCAAAAUUUUGCAAUUGCUGAGGCUAAAAUGGCAUUGUCCAUGAUUUUGCAGCGCUUUUCCUUUGAGUUGUCACCGUCCUAUACUCAUGCCCCUACUACUGUCAUCACUCUUCAACCCCAAUACGGUGCUCAUCUCAUUUUACAACGGGUUAAAGGAAGUGAGUAAUUUGUUACAGGAGUUCUGGUAAAGCAUAGAUAUUUAGGUUUAUGAUCAUGUAUAUGCUGUGGUCGUAAUAUAGUUGUCAUAUUUCUAGUUCGAGUGUUAUUAUAGUAAACAUGUAUUUCAAGAAUUUCAAGGAUUUUCUAUAGUAUACGUGUAAAAAAGAGUUGUAUAUAACACUUCUGAAAAUUUAGAAUUGUUUUGUGUUUAGAACAUCAGGGCUGGUCCUGACAUUUUGUGAGCCCCAAGUACAAUUAGAGAUGAUGAAGGCCCUUUAACAUAAAUAUACAUUUAAUAAUUAAUAAUAGUAAAGCAGCUGCAUCGUGUAGCCGUUUUCUCGUUA